AUUUGGAGCAAAAUCAAAACAAAAUCACCAGUGCUCAUGUAAUCGUAUCGAAAAAUAGUGUUAAAAACCUGUUAAUUAUAACUUUCAUUCGCCAAAUGAAUGUAUCAAGAAUGAAUGUUCUUCGAAAUGUGUUAACUAAGCCGGCACUUUCGCUAAGACCAUUCAGUGUCAGCAGAACAUUCUCGCGUAGUGUAAUACAACAAGCGGAAAUACGGCGAAGCAGAUAUGAAACUAGCUGCCGAAAUGUUUUGCUGCCGGCGGUUACAAUAAACAGUCACAUAUGCCGGUUCAAUGGAACCCGAGCAAAGCCAGUAAAACGAGAAAAAAAUACACUCAUGCUGGUGGAAGAACUGACGAGAGAUGCUCGUACGUACCGGCGAAUACCACUCGACAAGCUCAACCAGGUUUUAGCCAAGCCGGAAGCUAUCACAGCUGAUGCGUACGAUUUUCUAUUGAGCUGCUGUGGUCGCUUGCUGAUGGAGCAAACGGCCGAGGUACGAAUGCGAUUGUUCAAAUCUAUUUGGUUUAUGGCUGGCGGCGGGGACACGGCAACCUUAAAUCGGUGGAAAGUUUUGCUACAGGUACACCGUGACAAUGGUAUCAAUUUGGACGGUGAAGACGUUGGUCAGUUCAUCAAUAGGGUGAAGGUGAGCAAAGAUGAAGAGUUCUACGCGCUACUAUUGGGAGCAGUUGCUGAACGUGGUGAUAUUGCGAAGAUGGAUGAAGCCAUUGCUGAGGCACGUGAAGAGGGUUUCGGCUCGAGCGGUAAGUUUGUUAGUCUGCUGGUUCGGGGUUAUUUUAGAGCAGGAGAUUUGUCUGCUGUGCAGACAGUGCUUGAUGAAAUUACCGAUCAGAAUGUUAAACUGGAUAGUAAUAUUGUUGGCGAGUUACUGGUUGGAAGGCUAACAAACAAACAGGUGGACGAAGCAGUUGAAAUAAUCAAAAAGCAUGGAUUGAUUUUGAAAGAGCAACACAUUUUAGAAGCUAUCAAGGAGGCUUUGUUGGUAAAACAAAAUGAAAUUGUAGCGCUUUUGUUAGAUUUACUUCCACCAGAUGUUUUAAAUGCUAUCACAAUUGAUCCAGCACUAAGGAAUGUUUGCUCGGAACUACUAGGCCUCAAGCGGUUUGCCCAGAUAAAAGAUUUGAUAAAUUUACUGCCAGUUCCAAGGUUCAAAUCUAGUGACAAUUACGAUAGCUACGCAACCUCGUUAAUCUUUGAAAUGAUUAAAACUAAAGCACCCUUCGAAGAGAUCGCGUCAUUUGUGGAGUUUCUCGUUAGAACUAAUAGGAAUACACGGGCACUGCAUGUGGCCUGCGAUUGUGCUUCUAAAUCGUGGAUCGAUUCGUUACCUAAAUUUUUAACACUUCUUCGCCAGCAAGAAGACCUCAGACCUCAUUAUUUCUGGCCUCUGAUUGUCCAAAAUUUCGAUAGACAGGGUGAGUCUGGAGUGCUCGAUGUCUUAAAAAUGAUGCAAAGCCUGGACACGACUCCCGACGAGGAAACACUUUCGGUUUUCGUCCUGCCGAAGCUAUCGAUCACGUUAAAGGAUGUACGGAUGGCUUUCAAAGUGCUUGACGACCGAGGAGUGAAAGCGGCCGUGCUUAUGAGCCCAUUCGUGACACACUUGCUGUACCAAAGUCGAUUUGAUGAUGUUUCCAAAAUAAUUAAACUUUAUCCGACUAAGAUUAACACGCAAACUAUGGUCUAUCCACUGGUUUUGCAAUCCCAGCAAGGAAAAAAUAGCGACCAGUUGCGGCGAAUUUCGAACGUGCUGCGAAAUUUGACAGAAAAAGCUCAAAACCCGAAGCACGAUCUGGCAGGACAACUUUUAAUUGAGAUAAUUAGCAACAGAAACACCAAAUUUGAUACGGUAUUUUUGAAAAGCUUUCUGGAGGAGUAUGAAAGGGCCAAUCUGCGAAUUAGUAGAAUGAGCGCGAACGUGCUUAGAAAUCAUUUAUCGAAAACCAAACAGGUAGGUGCUGAGUUGGACAGGUUGUUGCAAUCAUUGGUAGAUGAUCAACUGGGAUUAUCGUCCCGCGAGAUGUCCGAUUCGAUAUACGUUCACCCUCGAGACAUGAAUUAUGCAGAGCUAGAGUGUCAUCUAACUGAACUUGAAGAAAAAAAGAUGAAUGCGAGAGGGGUUCUACGCCGCUUGCUACAGCUGUGCAUUCGCGAGAAUCGUCUGAAACGGGCCGUUGAACUGAAACGAAAGUGCGACCAAGCGCAGGUUGAUCUAAGCUCCGGGUUGAUGGCUUCUCUGCUUGAAUUAAGUGUUAAGCUAAAAAAUGUCGACGAAGCGGGUAGAAUGCUGGCGCAAAUCAAACAAACUUAUCCGGGUUUCCUGCUAGAUGAUCACAAAAUUGUAGAUUUCGCAGCACUACUGGUUGAAAAUGGCUUUCUAGAGAAAGCAAGAGGCAUUCUCAAGGAGCGUGCAUCCUCGGGUACGAUACGCCCAGGAAACGCCAACAAAAACAUAUGGAAUCUACUGAAUAACACAGCACAGUACGCUGCAGGUAGCAACGCGCAAUCGGAACACAACCAAUGCUCGGAAAUGUUGCAAUUCCUGAUCGAUCUUGGUUACUGCGGUUACGAGAAUGCCCUACUAGGUCCAAUCAUUCGAGAAUAUCUACUCAAAAAUCAAAUCCUAAACGCAGUCACCGAGUUUCUGCGAAUAGCUACCGAACAUCGGAAGACACCGCUGCAGCUUGAAGUGUUCACCAUUCUUGUGCGGCUGACAAAUUCUAACGAUCCCGAAAUCCCUCCGGAAAUGGCGAAAAAACUGCUCGCUGAGGUGAUCCGUGUCGGUUCGGGUAUCCAUGGCUCCGUAAAUACUAACAACACCCUCCUGGUAGCAUUAGCCGACGCCGGCACGGAAGCACAACUACGCCGAAUACUCAUCAACCCAGAGACCCACAUCAAUCAGGAGUACAUUAUGACGCAGUGCGAGUUUCUGAUCAAUUCUGGCAAGCUGGACGUUGUGCUGCGAUUGGCAAAGUGUUCGCGGGGGUUGGCCAAUAUACGAGAGGCAGACUUUUUGGCGCUCAUCCUGAAGCAGUACGUGCGGGACAAUGACUGUGAGGCUGCGGUUGGACUGUUUCAUCGCCUGCAAGCCGAGGACGCUGAGAUGAAAAUAACGGGGGAUUUCGCGAAGCAACUGAUCGAUCUGCUCGAAGUUAACAACUACGAGGUGCCAACUGGGAUUCGGUUGUAUGCUAAAUGAGCGGAUUCCUUUUCGCGGGCAGUUGGUUGUUUGUAAUAAAAGUUUUAAAUAAAAGCGGUUCGCUA